AUGGCGGCGUUGAAGCGUGUGCAAAGGGAGCUGCAGGAAUUGUGUAAGAACGCACCGGACGACUGCUCCGCGGGCCCGGAUGGCGACAACAUGAUGCAUUGGCAGGCGACGAUCGCAGGCCCUGAUGACACUCCGUACGAAGACGGAUUAUUCUACGUGAGCAUCGACUUUUCAGACGACUACCCGUUCCAGCCGCCCAAAGUGUUAUUCACCACAAAGAUCUAUCAUCCGAACAUCAAGAGCAAUGGAUCCAUUUGCCUGGACAUCGUGGACCCAGCAAAGAAUAAAUGGAAUCCAGCUCUAAAGGUUGGCAACAUCCUUGCUGCCAUCCAAGACUUACUGCGUCAUCCCGAACCAGACGACAAUCCUCUAGAGCCAGACAUUGCCCUCAUCUACACGUCAAACCGUAAGGGAUUUGAGAAAACUGCCAAGCAGUGGACGAAGAGGUACGCGUGA